AUGUCACAACAGCGACAGAACAGCCAUGGCACCCCUUCAUCCAUAGACAUCACUCCUUCUGUUGCAGCUCCCAAACCCCCACUUCGCCCACGCCUCGACAGACCCUACUCCUCUCCCUCCACAAUCACUGCCCGCCACAACCACAGUAACAGCAAUACCGGCAAUAACAACAACAACAACACAUAUGCGCAUAGAUCGUCCAUAUCUUCUCAACCUCUGCUUUCCUCUGCCUCCUCGGUCACGUCCUCGACUGCAACCUCAAGUUCUGGCAGGACCGCGAGACCGGCCAAUGCUGUUCUUCCCGGUAUCUCGCGUCCAAAGACGGCCUACCAGGCUGUGACUUGGAAGGAGAACCUCGAUGCGUUCAACCGUCGGCUCCGACGCGGAAGUCUCAGUCUGGAUGCAGCUGCACAAGAAGAAGAGCUUGCGAGUCAAGCAUUGGCCCAAGCCAGGGCUCAACAGCUCCAGCAGCAGCGACAACAGGCCGAUCAGGACUCCCAAGGCCUCGACGAACAGGCACAUCUUCUCGCAAAGAACAACAAUACUCAAUCAAAGUUCUUGAAUGGUCAAGGAGGUGUCGGAACAUACGGAGCCACGCCAAUCCCUGAUGCCAGGAGCAGUCAACAAAGCCUGGACAAGUUGCAGGAUCUAGCCGAGCCUGCCUUCCCAACCCUGCUUAACCCAGCCCUUGCCACAACAAAAUCGUCAAAGCUCGGUGUCUUUUCGGGUGUCUUUGUGCCAUGCAUCCUCAGUAUCUGGGGCAUCAUUCUGUUCCUGCGUUUCGGUUUCAUCAUUGCACAAGCCGGCGUCAUGGGCACGAUGGCCAUGUUCAUUGUAGGAUACGCGAUCAACAUCUUCACGACGCUCUCACUCAGCGCCAUUAGUACCAAUGGCACCGUUCGAGGCGGAGGCGUGUACUACCUGCUGAGUAGAAGUCUGGGACCAGAGUUCGGAGGGAGCAUUGGACUGAUCUAUUUCUUGGGCACAGUCAUUGGUUGCGGCAUGAACGUGCUUGGUUUUGUGGAACCCUUGAUCUCCAACUUUGGCGAGUCCUCAGGAACCGUCUACCGUGUCUUACCCGAGGGUCCGGUCUGGGGAUUCAUAUAUGGGACCAUCUUGCUAGUCUCCUGUACUCUCAUCUGUCUUGUUGGAUCCAAGCUGUUUUCUCGUGCUUCGUUGGUCUUGGCCGUCAUUAUCCUGUUGUCAACCCUAUCCAUCUUUGUCUCGUUUGCUGUCAUGCCGCCAUUCACACAUCUGGAGCGCAACAUCGACUACACAGGAUUUUCUUGGGAGACACUGCAGGAGAACAUGUGGCCAAAGUUCACAGCAACUAAUGGACCUGAUGGACCCAAAGAGAGUUUCGAGACCGUUUUUGGAGUUCUCUUCCCAGCCUGUAUCGGUAUUCUUGCAGGCGCAUCCAUGUCGGGAGAUUUGGAGGACCCCAGCAAGUCAAUCCCUAAGGGAACUCUUUGGGCUGUCGGAUCUUCAUUUUGCGUCUACACCUGCAUCGUCAUUUUGAUGGGAGGAUCCAUUUCCCGCAGCACCAUGUACACGGAUCUCAGCGUCCUCCAGGAUGUAUCUGUCUCUCCAUUGUUCAUUGCUUCAGGAUCACUCGCAGCGUCCGUUUUUGCAACGUUGGGCAGUGUUAUCGGCGCGGCCAAAAUUCUGCAGGCAAUUGCUCGAGACAAUUUGCUCCCUCUUCUCUCGGUCUUUGGCCAGGGAACACCCAGAACAGACGAACCCACUCUUGCUGUCUUGUUGACAUACAUUCUCUGCCAGUUCUGCCUUUUUUUGACCGACAUGAACGCGAUCGCCACCUUCGUGUCGAUGAUCACCCUCUUGACCUUUUUGAUCCUUAACCUGGCUUGUUUUCUCCUCAAAAUUGGAUCUGCACCCAACUUUCGACCCAGCUUCCGAUUCUUCCACUGGUGGACGGCCUUUGGAGGCAUGGUCCUCUGCGCCCUUGUCAUGGGAUCGGUGGAUCUGGGCAAGAGUCUUCUGAGUGGAUUGAUGACUGCAGUGCUGUUCAUUUGGAUCCAUUAUUGGUCGCCUCCCAAGCGCUGGGGCGAUGUGACCCAGAGUUUGAUCUACCAUCAGGUCCGCAAGUACUUGUUGCGACUGGAUUCCCGCAAGGAGCACGUCAAGUUUUGGAGACCUCAGAUCCUGCUUCUGGUGCACCACCCUCGGUCUGAAUAUCACUUGAUCCAGUUUUGCAAUCAUUUGAAAAAGGGUGCGCUCUACGUACUUGGGCACGUCAUUCUGGGCGACUUCCGGGAUGUUCUAGCAGAGUACCGGCGGCAGCAGGGGAGCUGGCUCAAGUUUGUCGACGUCCUCCAGAUCAAGGCGUUUGUAAAUCUGAGCGUCGCAGACAGUGUCAGGAUCGGAGCCAGGAACUUGUUGAUCGGGACAGGACUCGGUGGCAUGCGGCCAAACAUUGUCGUCAUGGGGUCCUUCAACCUCGAGCGGUAUCAAAGAGACAAACAGGAGCAGGAGCUUCGACAACUACAGCAGCAGUCACAACAGUUGCUGUCGCCGCGUUUGCCUCAGUCACCUCUGAUUCCCCAAAAGGGUGCUCCGACUCUUAGCACCAUGAACAACUCCAACACCGACCACACAUUGCUCAACAUCCCUGUCAGUCUGCCCAUCGACAACAUCCGCGUGGAGGCGCCCAUCAAGAUCACGGACUAUGUCUCUAUCAUCGAGGAUGUGCUCUCCUUGAAUAAGGCUGUGGCGAUUGGUUAUGGCUUUGAGCGACUAGACCUUCCAGAGGAGCACAAGAGUAUGUGGAAGAUGUUUAGCUUUGGAUCAAGUGGACUCUCCUCUCCCUUCUUUUCGUCCUCAUCUCGUCCGUCGUCGGUCUACAAGCACGGAGAGAGCGGGAAGAAGAAGUACAUUGACCUGUGGCCAAUGCAGAUGUCAAUUGCCCCCUUAGAGUGCUAUGACGCAGGUCUCCAAGCAACACCUUCCUUCCCUGGCAACAAGCGCUUCUCCCGGGACUUAAGCGCCAGUUCUCCCAUGACCCCGGGUGCAGGAGCCACAUUCACUGACCCUACAGGAUCAGGAGCAGCUGGACCAAGCCGGAUGGCCGAGGCUAAUUUAACCAACUUUGACACCUACACCAUGGUCUUGCAGAUGGGUUGCAUCCUUCACAUGGUUCCGCACUGGAAGGAAAACUUUACCCUCCGUGUCAUGGUCUUUGUCGAGUACAAUGAGGAUGUCGAGGAGGAAAAGAAGCGACUCAAGGCACUCUUGGAGAACUUGCGUAUCCCGGCCGAGGUGAAGGUGAUGUGUCUGGACGGGGGUGACAGCGAGACAUACGACCGACUCAUCAAGGGAGAAGGCCUAGACGAGUACCCUAUUGAGGAUAUGGCCAUGGAGUACAACUCUGAGGAAGGUAGCGACUCAGAAGAGCCGGAAUCGCCUGCCGCGCCUGUGGCUCAGAGAGUCACACCCAGGAACAUCAACCCACUCUGGCAACAGGAGGCUGCAUUGCACGAGGAGGACGAGGACGUGGAAGGUGUCACCAGUCAAGAAGAAAUGCCACAAAUCCACGACGAUGGACGCGACUCUUCUCACGAGACUGGUCCUUACUCCAACGUUGCUGGGCAGCGCGACCCCAUCCGCGUCAAGGAUCCGACCAUUGCACAGAGGAACUUUGGGUCCCGCGGUCAGAAUGUUCCCGUCUUCCAGGCUUCAGCCCCGCUAGCACAGGUGCCGCAGAGGAGAAGGACUAUCUCGCACCCAGAUCGACCUCCAUUUCGCCAGCAGAGCCCGCACGCUCUUCGUGUUCAAACUGGAGCUUCUCCAAGGUUACGACAGGGAUCUCCACUGGCCAUGACUCCUGCACACCCAGGAUCCCAGCAUUUCGCGUCUAGCAGCUCAGGAAGUGGUGGUGGUCUCCGUCGCCGGAGUACGAUGGGAGUCGGUCCCACUUCGCCUAUGGAGGCUCGACUGGGAACAUCUGUUCCUUUGGGCACCUCAAUGAGCUUCCGUAUUGGCUUGCCUCCUCCACGCCACUACUUUGACCCCAAUGGAUCAAACUCUGAGAGCGAGUCGGACUCGAUUAGCAGCGAGGACGAUGAGGACUAUGACCACAACGACGAUGAUUUGAUCUAUGGAGGCGGGUGGCACCAACAGCAGCAACAACAGCAACAACAACAACAACAACAACAACAACAACAACAACAACAACAACAACAACAACAGGCGCUACUAUCUCCUCGUUUACAACAUCUCUCGCCGCAUGGUCGGAGGCAGUUCCCUUCUGCACACCCUACUCAACACAUUCAACAACAGCAAAACACCAACAUCAACAACUUGUACAAAUCCCUCGCAUCACCACCCCAGCAUCAUACACAGCAGUCGCCACUACCACCCACUUCGUCGGCGUUUGCACAUACCUCUUUAGGUUCUGAACCAGGCCUUGGCAUUGCUUUCGGAGGUCAUUCGACUGACAACGAGCAACAUGUCCUUGGCCAAUCAAUAUACAACAACAAUAACCAACAAUAUGCUACUUCGCCUUCGCAGGACCCACAGCUCUUUGAUUCACAGCAACGGUUCCAGGAGCCAUCGCCCACGAUGGGAGAUACGCCCGAGGCGGCCGUCAACCUUUGGGCGAGUACAUCAUCGUCCUUGGUCGAUCGUCAGCAGUACUUGUCGUCGACUCCGGUUGUGUUGGGACAUUCUGGAUCGAGCAGCAGCAAUGCAUGGAACUCUUCUGGCUUGCCUGCCUCAUUGCCGUCUAAUGAGGCUUCGCACCGUGCGGCUCCUUCUGGUGCGACCACCACCGCCAUCGGAGAUCAGCACUCUUCAUCCUCAUACUCCAACGCUUCGACCACGUCGAUAUCGCCGAUCCAGCCUGCAGUCCCCAUGUUUGCAGAAGGUCUUCUCCCCAUCGACACCACAACAACUCACCAAGAGCUCUCGGCGCCACUACAGUUUGACCAUCUCAACCCAGAAGCGCAACUGAUGAUCCUGAACGAGUUGAUGCGGAUCCAUUCCUCGGCCGAGACGACUUCUAUCGUGUUCACGACGGUCCCGGCGCCCGGAGAGGGGACGUGUCUGAGAGAGGAGAGCUCGUUAGCGUACUUGGAGCAGUUGGAUCUGUUGAUGGAGGGGAUUGAUAUCCCUGUCUUGUUGAUCCAUGCCAAGAGUUUGACCGUCACUAUGACCCUUUAG